GACUUUCCGUUUAUCAGACUAAAACCAGAGCCAGUCCGACAGUGAAACGGUCACCGUGGAGGGGGGACGGCGAAAAAUGAAAUCCAACCAAGAGCGCAGCAACGAAUGCCUGCCUCCCAAGAAGCGCGAGAUCCCCGCCACCAGCCGGCCUUCCUCGGAGGACAAGGCGGUGCCCAGCGACAACCACCGCGCGGAGAACGCAGCAUGGCUCCCCGGCGCCCGGAGCCACGUGGGCGGGCGGCUGGGGCCGGCGGGGCCCCCGGCGGAGCUCGGUUUACAGCAGGGAAUAGGUUUACACAAAGUGCUGUCCACGGGGCUGGACUACUCUCCGCCCAGCGCGCCCCGGUCCGUCCCGGCGGUGGCGUCCACCACGACGAUGCCGGCUGCAUACCCGCCGCCCCCGCCGUCCGGGGCCCCCGUGUCCCCGGUGCAGUACGCCCACCUGCCGCACACGUUACAGUUCAUCGGGUCUUCCCAGUACAGCGGGCCCUACGCCGGCUUCAUCCCUUCCCAGCUGAUCUCGCCCACGGCCAGCCCGGUCACCAGCGCGGUGGCCUCGGCCGUGGGCGCCGCCACGCCCGCCCAGCGCUCCCAGCUGGAGGCCUAUAGCAGUCUGCUGGCCGACAUGGGCGGGCUGAGCCGAGCCUCCGGACACAAAGCUGAGCCGCCGCCACCUCCACCGCCGCCGCAGCACCUAGGCCGGACCGCGGGGCUCCUCCCCCCGGGGUCCCCACCGCCCCCGCAGCAGAGCCAGUACGUGCGCAUCUCCAGCUCGCCACAAAACGCUGCGCGCCCGGCCUCGCCGCCGGCCCUCCCCGUCCACCUGCACACGCACCCGACCAUGAUCCCGCACACGCUCACCCUGGGGCCCUCCCCGCAGGUGGUCGUGCAGUACACCGACUCCGGCAGCCACUUUGUCACCCGCGAGGCCACCAAGAAGGCGGAGAGCAGCCGGCUCCAGCAGGCCAUGCAGGCCAAGGAGAUGCUGAACGGGGAGGUGGAGAAGGGCCGCCGGUACGGGGCGCCCCCCGCGGCCGACCUGGGCCUGGUGAAGGCGGCCGGCAAGGCCGUGCCCCACCCGUACGAGUCCAGGCACGUGGUGGUCCACCCCGGCCCCGCCGACUACAGCGUCCGCGACGCGUCGGGGGUGCGGGCCUCGGUGAUGGUCCUACCCAACAGCAGCACCCCCGCCGCCGACCUCGAGGGGCAGCAGGUCACCCACCGGGAGAACUCGCCGUCCGCCCUCAACGACAAGAGCAGCCUGCACUUGGGGAAGCCCGGGCACCGCUCCUACGCGCUGUCCCCGCAGCAGGCGCUGGGCCCCGAAGGCGUGAAGGCCGUCGCCACGCUGUCCCCGCACACGGUCAUCCAGACCACACACAGCGCCUCGGAGGCCCUCCCGGUCGGGCUGCCGGCCACGGCCUUCUACGCGGGCACGCAGCCGCCGGUCAUCGGCUACCUGAGCGGCCAGCAGCAAGCGAUCACCUACGCCGGCGGCCUGCCCCCGCACCUGGUCAUCCCGGGCACCCAGCCCCUGCUCAUCCCGGUGGGCAGCGCUGACCUGGAGGGGUCGGGCGCCGCCUCGGCCAUCGUCACGUCGUCACCCCAGUUUGCUGCAGUGCCUCACACGUUCGUCACCACCGCCCUGCCCAAGAGCGAGAACUUCAGCCCCGAGGCCCUGGUCACUCAGGCUGCCUACCCGGCCAUGGUGCAGGCCCAGAUCCACUUGCCCGUGGCGCAGUCCGUGGCCUCCCCCGCCGCCGCCGCGCCCCCCACGCUGCCGCCCUACUUCAUGAAAGGCUCCAUCAUCCAGUUGGCCAACGGGGAGCUGAAGAAAGUAGAGGACCUGAAGACGGAGGACUUCAUCCAGAGCGCGGAGAUCAGCACCGACCUGAAGAUCGACUCCAGCACGGUGGAGAGGAUCGCGGACAGCCACAGCCCCGGCGUCGCCGUGAUCCAGUUUGCCGUCGGGGAUCACCGAGCGCAGGUCAGCGUGGAAGUUUUGGUAGAGUAUCCUUUUUUUGUGUUCGGACAGGGCUGGUCAUCCUGUUGCCCAGAGAGGACCAGCCAGCUCUUUGAUUUGCCGUGUUCCAAACUCUCCGUCGGGGACGUUUGUAUCUCGCUCACCCUCAAGAACCUGAAGAACGGCUCUGUUAAAAAGGGCCAGCCCGUGGAUCCAGCCAGCGUCCUGCUGAAGCACUCAAAGGCCGACGGCCUCGCGGGCAGUAGACACAGGUAUGCCGAGCAGGAAAACGGGAUCAGUCAGGGAAGCGCCCAGAUGCUCUCUGAGAACGGCGAACUGAAGUUUCCUGAAAAAAUAGGAUUGCCGGCUGCACCCUUGCUCACCAAAAUAGAACCCAGCAAGCCCGCGGCCACGAGGAAGAGGAGGUGGUCAGCGCCCGAGACCCGCAAACUGGAGAAGUCGGAAGACGAACCACCUUUGACUCUUCCCAAGCCUUCUCUCAUUUCUCAGGAGGUUAAGAUUUGCAUCGAAGGCCGCUCGAACGUAGGCAAGUAGAAGCCGCGUGGGGAAGGGAAAGCUGGCCCUCCUUUAUCAUUUGUAUCCAGAUUACAGAUGUACUGUAGGCUAAAUAACUCAGUAUUUACAUGUUAUCCUCUUACUUUAGGGUUCUGUUAUAACCUUGUCAUUAGACUUACAGCGGGCGUUGGGCAGGUGAUUUGGUGCAUAUGCUUUUUCCGGGCAUGUCUCUCAGCGGGUGGGUAGGUGGGGUGCCAGGGUAGGUCCAGCCCAGGCUCCAGGCAGGUGGUGGGCAUCCUGGUUGAGAUGAAGGUGGCCCCAUGGCACCCACCUUUUCUGGCAUCGUGGAUGCACCCCCGGGGGCACCGACUUCCACUGGCUUCAGAGGGCUGGUCUGCGGGAAGGGAGCUGCGUCAGGGGCGUGUGCGCGUGCCUGUGUGCCAGGGCGGGUGCCUGGGUGGCACUUCCGUGAGGGCGUCUCUCUCUCUGCCUCCCUCUGUCUUGCUCUCGGCACCAGACUGGAGGUCUGGGGGAAUGUCCUCAGGAGGUUCCCCUGUGCAAAGUCAGCAUCGGGGCCUCUUGAGAGAGGUACCAGACAGCAGAUGGAAAGUUAACCGUGUGAAAGAACAUUUCCCCCCCCCCCAACUUACUUUACAAUAAAAGCAACUUUUAAUCGUAGAGAUAAAUAUAUAUAUAUUUCCCCCUAUGGGGCCUGACUGCACUGAUAUUUUUUUAAAGAGCAACUGCCACCCAUGGGAUUUCGUUUCUGCUUUACCAGUGCAGUAAGUGAUGUCUCCAGGGCGUCGUGGUGGGCAGGCGGCCCCUGCUGGCUUCGCUCCGCACUGGUUGGGGGGGGCGCUGGGCAGCAGGGGUGGGGAGAGUGAACAUCCCCUCCGGUCUCUGUGCAGUGUUAGGAGAACCAAUCAGGUUAAUUGCAUUGACUUCGCUCCCAAGAGAUAAGACACAAACUGCCCUUCAAAAGAGCUGCAGAAGCUCUUUGCUUUGGGUUUGCAAAUCUUUUGUCUUUUAACUCUAGUACUGUUUAUAGUUCAUGACAAUGGACAACUCGGGUGCCACUUUUUUCAGAUUCCAGUGUGACGUGAGGAAUUAAGAUUUUGAAGAUAAGCAUAUAUAUUACUAUCUCUAAGUACUUAAAAUGCCGUUCACACUUUAUUACCAAGCAUCUUGGUCUCUCAUUCAACAAGUACUGUAUCUCACUUUAAACUCUUUGGGAAGAAAAACAGAAAAGAAAAAAAAAAAAAAACUAAGUUGCUUUCUUUCUUUUUUUUUUUUUUUUUUUAAACACUGUAACUACAUUUCAGCUCUGCAGAGUUUCUCACGGAGCAAGAUGCUGAAAGUUUCAAAGUGGUUUCAAGGAAUGAAUGUGAAUUAUGAACUUGUAUGUGACAGUGAAUGACCACCAAGUAAACAGCCUGACAGGAGGCACUCUUCACUUUGAUGUCUCAGAAAGGAUUUAAAAAGCAUAUGCAGAGCUGGCAGACGAACUGAGAGGGAAGGGAUGGGAAAAAAAAAAGAAUACUCACUUUUGUCCAGUGUUUUUCUUUUUAAGACGAACUUUUAAAGAACCUUGCGAUUUGCACAUCUUGAGUUUAUAAAUUUGUGUGAUAAUUCCUGCAGUUUUUAUUCAAUAACAUUGUGGGAAAGGCUUGGGGGACUGAACGAGCAUAAAUAAAUGUAGCAAAAUUACUUUCUAACCUGCCUAAACUCUAGGCCUUUUAUAAGAUUAUGUUCCUUUCAAGAUUCAUUUUUGGUCUUCUUACCGUAUCUGUCACAUAAAACCAGGUCUUAGCAGGACAACUCUGAGAAUUUUCUUCAGAUUCAUUGAGAGAGUUUUCCAUGAAGACAUUUAUAUAUGUGAGCAAGUUUGUUUUUUUUUUUCUAAGAAAACAAUUAUUAUUGUUGUUAUUAAUGUUAUUUUCAAAAUGACUUUCUUUUUCCAUCUGAAAUCAAGAUUUAAUGUUUGGUACAAACCCAGAAAGGGUCUUUCACAGUUGAGACCUUUUAUCCCCAGAGAUCUGAAAUAUUGUUUGUGGGUUUUGAUUGUGCAUUUUCAAGUGCUUAAAAGUUUUAUAAAGAGAGAGUAAUUUUUAAAUAUUCUUACUUGGAAUGGCUGCAACGAAUCUGAACAAAUACCUGAUUUUUCUUUUACCAUUGAAAAUAGUACUUUUUCCAUUUCACAGAUUUUUAAAAAAUUCUCGUCAGCCCACAUUCUGGCUUUCCAAUAUUCUUCACAUUUAGCUCUCAGCAGAACUGAUGAUUUUUAGAAACCAUUUCUGGGGUGUACCAAAAACAUUGGAAUAGGUUUUGAACUGCUAGAUCCAGUCCUUGACUUUCUUCGGUUUUCAUUACCCUCUCAGCAUGCUAGCAGAGAGCUGAGUGAGUCCAUUCUUGCAGUCAUAUUGCUUAUUUAGUGCUGUAUUUUUUUUAAACGUCUCUGUUCAGAGAACUUGCUUAAUCUUCCAUAUAUUCUGCUCAGGGCACUUGCAAUUAUUAGGUUUUGUUUUUCUUUUUUUGUUUUGACGGUAAGAGGAAUACGGGGCUGCCAUACAGACUGUCCUCAUCAGUACCACUAACGACAGUGAUUCACGUGGACUCAGAGAAACACCCACCACCUUUUGGCUUCUUUUGAGUAUUGAACUAACCGGAUCCACACCUCCAACACUAAAACGAGAAAACAUGCGUGGUUUGGAGCAAUAGGAACAUCAUCAUUGUUUUUCGUGCUUCUGUUUCAGGUAUAGGAAUUAUCGAAGAAUCGGUUCUUUCUAAACAUUGUCCCAUUUACCUUCUUGCUUCUUUAGCGUGUGCAAUACUUUCCGUGCCAAUAGAGUCUGAUCAGUGUGCGCUCUAGAGAAAGUGUAGGUAGGCCCCUCUUGGCUUUUUCCUUAUUCUCUCCAUCCUUUUCCUGUGCCGGCCAGAGAAGGGCUGGAAGGAAGGAGCCGGGAAGGGGAGAGCCUCCUGCUGGGCGAUUGCCCUGCUCCGGGAAGCCAAGGCCCCGGGGCAGGGAGCUCUGGGGGGAGCCCCGCGUUUCCCUCGCCCUGUUGCGGAAAGGAGCAAACAAAAGAGAUGGAAGGGAAGAACGCACUCUUCCCCCUCCUCACCGCGAGGAACAGUGGCGCGCAGACAGGAAGGAGGCAGACUCAUUUCUAAGGCGCACUCUGGAGCAAUCGAGCCAGGAUCAGCCCCUGUUCCACGGUCCUUUCCUCGAGUAGGUGCCCCCCCACCCCACCCCCAGGUCUGUGUCCUGGAGACUCGGAGCCGCGCCUCCUCCGAGCCUGGGCGGGAAGCGUGGUCC